AUGGAAAACGUGUUCGACAACAAGAAGGAUCUGUCCGUUGGGAUGCGCGUGUUCAGCUGCGCUUUCGGCGAUGAGAAGGUGGGCGGGGACGCGGCAGAUGGUGAGUCCAGCUCCUCCUGCACGGAGGAGCUGGACAACCAAGUGGCGGACGAAAAUUUAAUCAGGUAUCUCUUCAACGAGCAGAUAAAUAUAAAGGUAGGCACGGUGCGCUUCAUAGGUACACUGAAGAAUCACCCACAUCCGAACAAGACGUUCUAUGGGAUCGAAUGGGACAAGAAAAAGGAUGGAAAGAACUUUGGAGAUUUCAAUAACGAUGUUUACUUCUACCCCUUACACCUACUCACAAAGGAGAAAACAAAAAGGUACUAUAACUUGGAUGACCACACAUUGGGUAUACCUAUCGAAAGAGACAAAAAGCUUGUGGGAGAACUUGGAACUUGUAAGGAGCUACUUAAGCCCUGCUCAUUCAUGCCAUUGGAAAAAAUACACGUAGGGUUAACCUUCUUUCAAGCUCUACAUUUCCGAUACACAUAUUUCUUCACGGACUCUGAUCUCUACGUAGAAGAUUAUCAAACGAAGAAGACCAAGCGGGUUCAAUUUAGUGGAAUCACAGAAGCAAGGAAGUAUUUCCAGAAUUUCUACCAACUCACAAAUAUAACCCUAAAUAAAUACUUAAUAUAUACCUGUGGAGGAGAUGACAAGAUAAUGUUUCACAAGCUUCGUAGCUUAUCUCUCUGUGGGAAUCUGAUCAGCCAGUGGAAGGAUAUUUUUCACAUUAUUAGCUUGGCUAGGGAGUUGUCUUACCUCAACGUGUCGGACAAUAAAAUGUUAAAGUUGAAUCUGGAAUCGGUUCAACGGGUCUAUCCGUGUGGCAACCUGCGCGAUUGCCAUGGUGGCUGCCAGUGUGGUCAUGAUAGUGAAGAUAAAGAGGGACAACAUCAGGAAAGUACAAUCGAUGCGGGGGGGAAUCCACUCAUAUGUAGCCACUGCAUGCAGGACAAUCUAAUCCGAUUUGAACAGAUUAAAGAACUAUGCAUUGACAACACUAUGAUAGAAUGGGAGGAUGUUCUAAUUUUGUCAUUCGUUUUUCCUAACAUGGAAACACUUAGCUUGAAAAAAAACUACCUCACACGUAUCUCAAUGAGCGACAUUGACCUUGUCAAAUCUCCCGUACUUUUGCAGUAUGUCCAAAGUGGCAGACGUGAGAAGGGAACUCCUUCCGAAACGCACAAUAGAUUUCCACUUCAUUGCCAGGCGCAGCAAGGCGAACCUACCGUGGGAUCGUACGUGUCGAUGGAUGCGAGGGAGAACACUCCGACCAACGUGGUGACCACUGUGGGGGAGGAAAACGAGGGAUAUAUACACACCUUUAUGAAGUUACAUAAAAUAGUACUGAACGAUAACUACCUGCACGAUUACGAAGACCUAUUUUCCUUUAUUCACCAGGUGAAAUCCAUUCGAGCCGUCUUCGUAAAGAGGAACAAAUUUACAGACAGGGACGACUUAGUGACCGUUGCAGAGAGGGUAUGUUCAUUGACGGGAAAGGAAGACAUGAGGGAUAAGGAAGUAGAGCAAAGCGUGGAAGACGGAGGAGAGAACCCCCCCCAUGACCGGCUUCAACGGAUAAAGGAAAAAUUCAGCCACCUAAAAGAGCUCCUGCUGGAUGAUAACAAAAUCAUGAACUACAAAACCUUGCGAGAUUUGUUCUACAUUUUUUACCACCUGGAGACCUUAAAUUACCAGAAGGGAAAAAACAAUAUCAAGGUGAAGAAGGACCUCCGUUUUAUAUUAGUGGCCAUCCUCCCCAUGUUGAAAACACUCAAUCGGAGCUACAUAAACAAGAAUGAACGCAUAAAUUCGGAGCGUUUCUUUAUAUCCCUUUACCAGAAGGACGACGUAGUUAGGGUGUUUAACGAGGCUGUGCUCGGCUGCCGCCAUAGUGAUCGUCUGGAAUCCAUGCACUACGAGGCUUUGCAGGACCAACCGAGCGUCGAAACCUCCAAAGGCAUGCAGAGUAACUUAAUCAAUAUCACCAUCAUCCCCGAAUUUAUAAAUUCCAAAAAAUAUGAAAUCGUAAAAAAAAAGGUCAACAAGCAUAUGAACAUAAAAGACCUAAAGUAUCUGUGUUCGCGUCUCUAUUCUGUUCCCCUCCCGAAGAUGCAGCUAUUUUACACGGACGAGAACAACCCUAUGUGCGUUGAAAUUGUGGACAGCAACUCCAGUCUGUACACCUACGGAAUUGACAACAACUCGAAGAUAAAAAUUACGAUGGAACAGUAG